AUGCGCGUCUAUCAAGUCCUACAGCUUUCUUGGGUCUUAUUGGCUCUCGCUCUUGUCAAUGCUCAAGCUCCUCAGAAUUCAAUCUGCGUUCAGUCCGGAACUGUCUGUAAUCCGCCGUAUGUGCCACAAAAUGAAAUUUGUGUCUGGCUCAAUUCGCUGCCAUGUGGAAACGGUUCAACUGUCGUUGUGAAUGUUUUUCCACCAGCAUGCGGAGGCCAAUAUCCUUACCUACCUUAUCCAUCGCCUGGACUUAAUCAACCUCAACCUUGUCCUAAUCAACCUGGUUAUCCGACACAGCCGCUACCAUAUCCAAACCCUCCUGUGGAUCCCAAUUCUCCAGGGCAAACUCAACCUUGCCCAAAUCAACCUGUAACUCCUUUUCCACCUACGCAACCUAUUCAACCCGUCCCUAAUCAGCCAGGGCAACCUAUACCCUGCCCUAAUCAGCCUGUAACUCCUUAUCCUCCUACUCAACCCAAUCCUUAUCCGCCAGGGCAAACUCAACCUUGCCCAAAUCAGCCCGUAACUCCUUAUCCUCCAACUCAACCCAAUCCUUAUCUCCCAGGGCAACCUCAACCCUGCCCUAAUCAGCCCGUAACUCCUUAUCCUCCUACGCAACCCAAUCCUUAUCCACCAGGGCAAAGUCAGCCAUGCCCAAAUCAGCCUGUAACUCCCUAUCCUCCAACGCAACCCAAUCCUUAUCAGCCAGGGCAACCGCAGCCAUGUCCAAAUCAGCCUGUGACUCCCUUUCCUCCUACACAACCUAUUCAACCCGAUCCUAAUCAGCCAGGGCAAGCUCAACCUUGUCCAAGUCAACCUGUAACUCCUUUUCCUCCUACUCAACCAAUUCAACCCGAUCCAAGUCAGCCAGGACAAGCUCAACCUUGUCCGAAUCAGCCUGUAACUCCAUUUCCUCCUACUCAACCGAACCCUUAUCCUCAGCCUUCUCCGAAUGAAACUGUAACAACUCCUGGACCUCAGCUUUCAACGACCGAACCGAUAACUCCUUCAGCUCCUAUAGAAUCUCAACCUAUUCCAAGUGAACCUGUUACACCCAGCAUUCCCCUUGAUACUACAACUCAGCCGCAGACCACGUUUGGCCCAGAUAUAGAUGGGACUACUACUCUACGAUCAACAACAAUUCCAUAUGAUCCCGAUUCACCUAAUACUUCAGUUGAUACAGAAGAGACCACUACAUCAGAAACAAUAGACGAAUCGUCAUCUACAGUAAAACAAGAGACGACAACUCCGCCGCCCGCACCAAUCCUGCGUUGUCCAUCUGGAACAGUGCCUUCGAAUGGUAAUUGUCGCUUGGUGUACUGUGCCCGAGGAGUGUAUCACAAUGGACGUUGCGUAAUUCCUCGCUGCCCUAAGUACACAGUUUGGACGGGACAAAAAUGCUCAGCACCAAAACCAGUUGAGCUAGAGCCUAUUUACAUUCACCAGCAGAUAGUAAGCGAGGCAUCCAAGGUGUUGAAUAAUAAACAUGAGGUGGUGGUAAAUGCAUCAUUAGUUCUACCCACACGUGACGAUGACUACGAAGAUGAUGACUACUCCGACGAAACAACUGAAGUGCCCCAGCAAACAUCCCCUAAAUGCUGCACUGUGAUUGCUCCACGCAUCUGUCGCUGUCAAAACCAAAGUGAUCGUUGGCAAUGCUUCAACAGGCGGCAGCCACUUUGCGGCAACUUCUGCAACACGUCAAAAGUGGUUCUGAAGGCACCACAAGCCACUUCUUGGAUCGAAGACACUAAUGAGAUGCUCCUCAUGCCACCAAAUCCUAAUAAUACUUGCAUCGAUCAGGGUAACUGCAACACAGUCGCAAAUCGCUAUGAUUGCAGUGGCUGCGCUUCAGGUCUUAUGGCAUCUUGUUCAACCUAUUGCUACAAUUAUCAUUGCAACGCUCCCAACUGUGGUUUCUACGAUCAGCUGGAAUUCUGCAGCUCCGCAGAACUUGCUAACUCAAUUGUGUGCCAGCCAGAGAAUGGUUGGAAGGUGGAUAUAUCUAUAGUGAAGUAA